UGAAAAUAGGCAAUUCUCGCGAGCGUUGACGUGUGCGGGCCUCUCCGAGAAGGUGUGCUUCAUGGCAGUUACGGACACUGCGGUAAAUAAAUUCCUUGAUAAAGAGGCACAUUAACAGAUUUCAGCUGUAGCGGUCGCUACAAAUUGUUGACUUGUUAAAGCUUCCCCAUCAGUGCUCAUCCCCUUGGGGGCUUUUCCGCCUCAGUCUGGUGGACCCAGCGAUUAGCGGGUUGCGUAGGGUGGUGAAGCUCUGACGAUGGAGAAUGGACAGGGCACGGGCUCCAAGCUUGGCCUGCCGCCUCUCACCCCAGAGCAGCAGGAGGCACUUCAGAGGGCUAAGAAGUAUGCCAUGGAGCAAAGUAUUAAGAGUGUGUUGGUGAAGCAGACCAUCGCCCAUCAGCAGCAACAGCUCACCAACCUCCAGAUGGCAGCAGUGACAAUGGGCUUUGGAGAUCCUCUCUCACCUUUACAAUCGGUGGCAGCUCAGAGGCAGCGCGCUCUAGCGAUCAUGUGUCGGGUGUAUGUGGGCUCCAUAUACUAUGAGCUUGGUGAGGACACCAUCAGACAGGCUUUUGCCCCGUUUGGUCCAAUCAAGAGUAUUGACAUGUCUUGGGAUUCGGUUACAAUGAAACACAAGGGAUUUGCCUUUGUGGAGUAUGAUGUACCAGAGGCUGCUCAGCUGGCCCUGGAGCAGAUGAACUCAGUCAUGCUGGGAGGACGAAACAUUAAGGUUGGGCGGCCAAGUAACAUCGGUCAGGCGCAACCCAUCAUCGACCAGCUGGCAGAAGAGGCGCGUGCUUAUAACAGGAUCUACGUGGCAUCCGUCCACCCUGAUCUGUCGGAUGACGACAUCAAGAGUGUGUUUGAGGCCUUUGGAAGGAUCAAGUCAUGCACGUUAGCCAGAGACCCCACCACAGGGCGACACAGAGGCUUUGGCUUCAUUGAGUAUGAAAAGCCUCAGUCAGCCCUGGACGCCGUGUCUUCUAUGAACCUGUUUGACCUGGGUGGUCAGUACCUGCGGGUGGGCAAAGCAGUAACGCCUCCCAUGCCCUUACUGACCCCCACGACCCCAGGUGGUUUGCCACCUGCUGCAGCUGUGGCUGCAGCGGCAGCCACUGCUAAAAUAACAGCCCAGGCAAGUAUGAAUCCCUUCCAAAGGGAUUUAAUGGCCUUCCAGGAGGCUGUAGCUGGCGCGUCAGUCUUAGGAGCGUUAACUGCACCUCAACUUCUCAGUCAGCAAAUGGGAAUACCUCAGGCUGUUAUGGCUGCCCAGGCACCAGGGGUCAUCACAGGUGUGACUCCAGUGCGUCCUACCAUACCAAUGGUUCCCCAGGUCGGUCUUGUGAACCCCGUGCUCGCGUCACCACCAGUGCUGUCUAAUCAGGCUGGUGGCUCCAACCAACAAGAGAAGAAAGAGGAGAAAGAAGAGACGCUUCAGGAUGGUACAGGACAGGAGAUGCUGAGUGAUCAGGAGCACAUGAGCAUCUCAGGCAGCAGUGCGAGACACAUGGUGAUGCAGAAACUGCUUCGAAAAUCAGAGUCCACAGUGAUGGUUCUUCGAAAUAUGGUUGGACCAGAGGACAUUGAUGAUGACCUGGAGGGCGAGGUGACGGAAGAGUGCGGGAAGUUCGGCUCCGUGAACAGAGUCAUCAUAUACCAGGAAAAGCAAGGAGAAGAGGAGGAUGCAGAUAUCAUUGUCAAAAUCUUUGUAGAGUUUUCCAUGGCCUCUGAGAUGAACAAAGCUAUCCAGGCACUCAACGACCGCUGGUUCGGGGGUCGCAAAGUUGUCGCCGAAGUGUAUGACCAAGACCGUUUCAACAGCAGUGACCUCUCUGCGUAAAGUGUCGGAAAUGGCUCACCAGCACCCAUCUCCCAUAACUGUCGCCCCAAACCCAUCUCAGCCACAGUCACUGCAGCUAAAGAUGCGGGCCUCUGAAACCUAUUAUGUUCUCCUCUUUGUUUUUGUUUUUUUGUUUUGUUUUUUUUAAAUUGCUGUUGAUAUUAAUGUUAAAAGCUCCAUUUGGGAGAUUCAUUAAGAUAUUUCUGUGUCAGAUUUUUUUUUUUUCUUUCUUUUUUUUUCUUUCUUUUUUUUGUUUUGCUUUGUGAUCUGUGAAGACUCCCUUUUGGUGCAACUUUUGAAUUUUUGUAAUCCAAUCUGGUAAAAGUUAAACAAAAAAAUUAGGUUUUUUUUCUUGCUUUUAGCCCCUUUUAUUUUCUUUCAUGAAAUUGCCGAACAUGUAAAACACUUUUUCUUUGUACAAUAAAGGUUAUUGUUUGUCCACAAAAA